AAUGUGUUUAUAAUUAAUAAUAAUACUAUAUAGUAAUAAUUUAUACUCUGUCCUCAAAAAUGAGGUACAGGAGAGGAGUGUUCUCAAAUGAUGUUCCUCAGAAAACUCUGUCUUAACCAAGCUAAUUAUAUCUUUCCAGCAAAGUGACUACCCUCUGCUUUUAUCUCCUCUCCUGUUUCCUUAUCUGUGAGAAAGGGGUUGGUGGGGGUAGUUUUUGUCCAGUUAUGUAUUAUUUUUAUUAUUGUUAUUCUUGUUACUCAUUCUACCCUUUAUAAAAACUGAGUUUUAAGAUGUGAAUAGUGAUACCAAAAAAGAUGCUGAACUUGAAAAACAGGAAAAGAUAAAGAUUUUUAAAAUAGUUUCUGGAUUAAGGGUUUUAGGAAAGUAGAAGUUUAAGGCAUAGUUUGUCUCUGCAAGGAUUUUUUUUAAUUGAAUAUUGCUUUUGAGAUAAGUGUAGAUUCACAUGCAGUUGUAAGCAGUAAUACAGAGAGAUCUCUUGUACAUCACUGCAAGGAUUUUGAAGUCGUUAAUAAUGAAGAAUGACAAUAGAGAACGGCAGCAUCAUGAGCACAGUGAGAGGCGGCGGGAUGGCAACCCUGAGACAUUAUCUAAUGGACGAGCCCAGGGUAACACACGGCAGGUGGUGGAACAAGAUGAAGAAGAAGAUGAGGAGCUGACAUUGAAAUAUGGUGCCAAACAUGUGAUCAUGCUCUUUGUUCCCGUGACUCUCUGCAUGGUGGUGGUUGUGGCUACCAUCAAAUCGGUCAGCUUUUAUACCCGAAAGGAUGGGCAACUAAUCUAUACCCCAUUCACAGAAGACACUGAGACUGUGGGCCAGAGAGCCCUGCACUCGAUUCUGAAUGCUGCCAUCAUGAUCAGCGUCAUUGUUGUCAUGACCAUCCUCCUGGUGAUUCUGUAUAAGUACAGGUGCUAUAAGGUUAUCCAUGCCUGGCUUAUUAUUUCAUCUCUGUUGUUGCUGUUCUUUUUCUCAUUCAUUUAUUUAGGGGAAGUGUUUAAAACCUAUAACGUUGCCAUAGACUAUAUUACUGUUGCACUCCUGAUCUGGAAUUUUGGUGUGGUGGGAAUGAUUGCCAUUCACUGGAAAGGUCCUCUUCGACUCCAGCAAGCAUAUCUUAUUAUGAUCAGUGCCCUCAUGGCCCUCGUAUUUAUCAAGUAUCUCCCUGAAUGGACUGCAUGGCUCAUCUUGGCUGUGAUUUCAGUAUAUGAUUUAGUGGCAGUCUUGUGUCCAAAAGGUCCACUUCGUAUGCUGGUUGAAACAGCUCAGGAAAGAAAUGAAACUCUGUUUCCAGCUCUUAUUUACUCCUCAACAAUGGUGUGGUUGGUGAAUAUGGCAGAAGGAGACCCAGAAGCCCAGAGAAGAGUGUCCAGAAAGUCAAAUUAUAGUACACAAAGCACAGAAGAUGAAACACAAAAUGGUGUUGCAGCGAAUGAUGAUGGAGGCUUCAGUGAAGAAUGGGAAGCCCAGAGGGACAGUCAUUUGGGGCCUCAUCGAUCUACACCUGAAUCACGAGCUGCUGUACAGGAGCUUCCCAGCAAUGUCCCACCCACCGAGGAUCCAGAGGAAAGGGGAGUAAAACUUGGAUUAGGAGAUUUCAUUUUCUACAGUGUUUUGGUUGGUAAAGCCUCAGCAACAGCCAGCGGAGACUGGAACACAACCAUAGCCUGUUUUGUAGCCAUAUUAAUUGGUUUGUGCCUUACGUUAUUACUCCUUGCCAUUUUCAAGAAGGCAUUGCCAGCUCUUCCCAUCUCUAUCACCUUUGGGCUUGUUUUCUACUUUGCCACAGAUUAUCUUGUGCAGCCCUUUAUGGACCAACUAGCAUUCCAUCAAUUUUAUAUUUAGCAUAUUUGCAGUUGGAAUCCCAUGGAUUUUUCUCCUUUGACUGUUAUAAAAUCUGGGGAGGACAAAGGUGAUUUUCCUGUGUCCACAUCUAAAAGACUCAAGAUUUCCGGCUGGACUUUUCGCAGCUUCCCUCCAAGUUUUCCUGACUACUCACAGUACUGGACACUGAAGAGCAGGCAGGCACCUGCAGAACCUGGUUUUGAACAUACUUCUUCAUGGUGGGCUGAGUCCCUCGGUGCAGAAACUACCAGAUUUGAGGGACAGAAAUAAGGAAACGUGAUGGGCCAGAAAUCUGCUGUGCUCGACCAGCAGUUUGAUCCUUGGUCACAGGUAGAUUUUACCAACACUACGAACUCUCAGGACUACCAUUGCCAAGAGGUUAAGUGAAGUGGUUUAAACCAAACAGGACUCAUCUUAAACUACAUGUUGAAAAUUAACCUAUUCUAUACUGGUUGAUUUCUGAACCUUUUCAAGAGGUACUGUGAGGAGAGCAGGCACCAGCAGCAAAAUGGAAAGGUGGAAAGGGGCUCAAAUUUUCACUUUCAGACUUUUUUGCUGCAGACUUGUCAUUUUUAAAUAAGAUUUUUUUUUUUCCUCCUUGGGUCAAGUCGGAUGUGUUGGUUGAUUUUGACAAGUUAUGUUCUCAAGCACUGAAACUCCAUUAUCAUCUAUGGUUGCCAGUUCUUCCCAAGGCCAGUUGGAAUUUAUUUGAGUUUGAUUUAAAAAAUCUUAAUCUCAGGUUCCAAAUUCAGUAAUUUCUGGGAAUAAUGGAACUUUUGCUCAACAAUUCCCCAUCCUUCUUAGGUAAAUUCUAUAUUUUCCACCAAGUUCCUAAUUUUUAGAUGUACCUGUAAGUUUACUUGCCCCCAGAUGCUCUUCUGUUCCCCUUUUCUCCUUUUACUCCCACCCACAAGCAGUUCUCUUAUACAGCAAAUGAGACAGCUCUGUUAUGGUAGCAGAUGAUCCAGUUAUUCUGGGAUUUUGCUCUUUGUGUGAUGCAAAGAAUGUGUUAUGAAUCAGUGCUAUCAGCCUUGCUGUCAUAAUUUCUUCAGUAGCAAAUAAGUUAUGUGCCCAAAGGCAGUAGAAUUAAAGAAGAGUAAAAUGGCUGGUGAAGCACUUUCUGUCCUGGUUUUUUUUUUUAUACUAUAACCCCUUGUGUCUGACAGUAGAUCACAAUUAGAGCUAAUAGCCCAAAGCUGGUGGUUUAUAACGUUUAUGAAUCAGUCGUGUCAGUACAAAACAAGACUUGGGAGAAAACCAUUAUUUCUCCUGGCGAGCUGUGGAAGAAUGCUGGGUCAGGAGAAGGAAGAGGCCUCCAGUGGUCAAUAGGACAAAUGAGCUCAUGUCCUAGGGCAGAUAUUAAAGAGAAGAUCUAAGAACCUCACAAUGGGUGUUUUGUGGUUCUCCAUCUGCAUUACCUUUCAUCUCAAUGAAUCUUCAUGUGAAUGGGGCAGUGGAGGCACUGGCUGAAGUCACAAAGGUGUUCAGACUCUGUGCGUUCAAGUCAGACAAAGCAUGUGAACAGAACCAUCAGCCUGUGUGCAUGUGACCCCGCUCAGUGAAGCCUUACCAGGGCACAACCCUUCUUUUACUGCAGACAAGCCUUAGCCAUGACGAUCAGACUAAGCUUUGUGAGAAACUGAUUCCUGUGGACCAGGCUUUUCCCCUUUUGCCUGCUGCUUUCUCUCUGUAUCAUAUGAUCCUGUUUGGGAAUUCUCCUUGGAACUGGCCUAUUUGUUUUCUGUCACAGGGUAUUUCUUAUAAGAAACUAAUUUUUGGAGUAAUAUGCUGGUCCAACCUUAGUAAAAGUAAAAACUGGCUUAUAUUAGGCAGUGGGGAACUGCAGGGAAAUUCAGAACUAUGCAAAGAUAGUGGGCUUAGAGAAGUAAGUUCUCUCCUCUCGAUUUACUUUUUAUCAUUUAGCACCUUUUUUCCAACAUUCUUUCUCUUCCCAGACAGAUGACCUUGUGGGUAUUAUCCUCUAGAAAGCACAUGCAAUUCAGUGGCUUCAACAGAGCCACCUGAAUGCCAGUUUGUGAUUUGAAGCAUACUUGAGGGAACCCUAAUCUAGAGUAGUUUAUUUCAGCAGGGGUCCCAAAUGUGUUGUAUCUUCCAUGACAAGGUUCAUCUUAGAAGAGAAUUUGUGGGGUUUGGGAGAGAGUGCAUUUAAAUCCAUCCUAUGUACUAUUGUUCUCUGUGGAAAUUUUGCACUGAAUCUGUCAUUUUCCACAAGUCCGAGCCACAUCUCAGCAGUUAUAAAGCUGCAUACAGAACUCAUUUUAUUUCUUUAAAUCACUGAUCUCAGCCACAGAACCUUUCCUUCAAACAUUCUUUUUAGAUUCAGUUCAUUUGUUCCUGAAAUAUCAAAUUGCUGGUCUUCCACCAUGAAAAGUAGCUUGUCACCAGAGAGAACAGUAGCAAUUCCACAGGGGUUAGGAGCUCACACCCUGGGAAGAGGGGCUGACUGGAGCUAGGUUAGCAGCCGAGCUAACCUUCUUCGUGAAGGGAAGGGAAUACAGGAAGAAAAGUGUCUGGGUCUGACUGGCUUACAAUACAAAGAGGAUUUAUAUACGGAAUGUUGCCACAAACUAGCCUGUGGAAAUAUUAACCAUAUUUGGCAGAUUUGUAGAGUUGUUUGUUUUUGUUUUGUUUUGUUUCCAGAGAGUAAGGGCUCACCUUCCUGUUUUUGAGUCUCGCCAGGUUAGUGUGUGAUUCUUGGGUCACAGCUCUUGCUGUAAAUGACUAACUUUCUCAAUCAGAAAAAAAUGGAGAGAGGGAAGAUUUCCAAGCAACUUAGAAGAAAACAGUCAUAAGUAAGCAAUUUAUUGAUUUCAAUGGAAAAGCAACAACUAAAGAUGUAAUAUUUUUACUUUUUAACCCUGGAUAUCCUUUUAUUUUUAUUUUAUUUUAUUUUAUUUUAUUUUUGAAAUGUCCUCCUUAUUUUAAAAAUUCUCCCUAGUAGAUGUCCAAACACAUAUGUUUAGUACUUGGCCUCAAACAACGGCAUAUAUGUAUUCUUGAUCAUAAUUUGCAGAAUGUGAAACAAAAGUUAAGUUUCCAAAUAAGGUCUUGCAGGGUCAUUAGCAGGUGCCUAAAGGAAGCUUCUGAUCCCUGACCCCCCAAAUGCAGGAUUUUGUGUAUUGGAUUGUUCAUGAUCUAACCCUGGAAGGAAAAGAGCUCAGAAACUACUGUGAAAAGAUUUAUUUGUUCAGUGUCUUCCAUACUCCUGGCAAUGCGCUGUAGACCAAGGAUACCAAGACAAGUAAGAUUGAUCCUCAGAAUGCAGCUGUAGUCUCUUGUUUUCUGGAAUAUGGCAUCUUUAACUUUGCUAAAAUAUUGGGUGCUUGUCAAUAACCACUUCUCCCAGUUACCAUUACUGAAGGCCCUACUGCCAUGGCACGGUCAGUUCUGAAAAUUGUAACAUCUGUUGGUAUUGUAUAUAGUCUCGUUCCACAGAAGAGAUGGCAGGCUUGUAAAAGUGAUGUUACCAAAGUGACUUGAUGCUUUCAGAAACCAAUCUUCUAAGUAAAAUACUCCUUUUUCUCUAAAUUUGCUUUUGGGUGGUCUAUAUAGAACCCUGAGUUUGGGAAGUGGCUUGAAAACUGGACCUUUGGUUUUGCCCUUCGGGAGGUUACAUAUCAUCAUCAUGAGUUUGAACCUAGUGAUCCUGUGAUCUUCUCGCCUCUUUUUAAAUUCCCCAAACACAGAAGGUUGAAAACACUGGCUUUCAGCUCUUCACAGCCCUCAUUGAAAUUGCAGGCCAGAGUGUACCAGCAAGGCUUUCUCACACUCAAGUCUCAGAAUCUUCUGGAUGCUUUCAUCUGAACAGGACUCUUCUCUGAUAGGAAACACCUGCUUGAGCAAGAGUGCAGUUUAGGCAGCUGCGAGCAACAACAUAACCCUCCUCAGGCAUUUAAAACCUCAGAUUUGCAUAUUAAAAAGGAGCCUGGUGCUGAAAUGAACCCCUUCUUUGACUGUCAAAGCCUUCUCCCAGUGCUUCCCACUGGAUGCUGCAACAGUGCCACGAGAAAGCAGUUAGGCCACCCUGGACCCUGGAAUGUGUUGUUAGCAUUUCAGGUUUGUCUGUGUGACAAGAUAGAUUUCCCAGAAAGCAGUUUUCCUUUUGAAAUAAUUGCCAAAACCAAGCAGCUUCAAAACUCAACUGAAUUAGAGUAGCAGGUACAGGAUUAUCUUGGUUUAUGAUGUGAUCGGAGAUGCUGGAAUGUGCAUGUCAGUGGGAUCGUUUACUCAGUGUGCUCAUUGUCUGGCUUUCGCUUCUGCAGACUCUGCUUUUUACAUAAUUGAGACAAACUGUGAAUACAUCUUUUUAAAAUACCUUUCAAAUUCUUGGUAAGAUAUAAAUUUGAUAGAUGAUUGCAGAUUUUCCUGUAUUUAUCAAAUUAAUAAAGACUGCAUGAAUCACC